CAGCAGGAGGAUGAGCACCUGAGGGAACGUCUCAGUUUAUGUAAUAACGCCAUGGGAUUAGGAAGUGCACGCAACGUGAACUGUUGACGAUUCAACUGUACUUUAUUUCACAUUUUUUUGUCAGUGAACAGUAACUUCCCUGGCAGUACACUGGACCAUGGCGGGUGGUAUCUCUGUGGCUCUGAUAGCUUCUGCAUUAAUGUCGCUGACGUCAGCACAGCUCCCUUUGACUCCAGCAAGCGAACAAAAAGUGGAUGGGACGCCGGCGAGAAGAGUGUGUUACUUCGAGUCGUGGGCGGUGUACAGGCCGGACCCCGGAAGGUAUGACGUGGAGGACGUGCCGGCGCACCUCUGCACGCACGUCGUCUACACCUUCGUCGGCGUCUCGAACGUCACUUGGGAGGUCCUCCUGCUGGACUCCACGCGUGACAUCACCAACAACGGCUUCCGGCGAACCGUGGGCCUUCGCGCCCGCAACGCCGGACUUCGCGUGCUUCUGGCGGUGGGCGGCUGGAACGAGGGCGGCGCUAAAUACUCCCAGUUGGCCGCCCUCAAGCCCAGGAGAGACGCCUUUGUCAACAGCGUCGUUCAGUACCUGUGGGAUUAUGGCUUUGACGGACUAGACCUGGACUGGGAAUAUCCAGGGUCACCAGAGAGAGGAGGAUUACCCCAGGAUAAGGACAACUUCCUUGCCCUGAUCGAGGAACUACGGGCAGCCUUCACAACAGUAGGUUUGGGUUGGGAGUUAACAGCAGGCGUCCCAGUGUCCAGGUUUCGUCUGGACGCUGGUUACCAUAUACCCCAACUGUGCAGGGCCCUGGAUGCAGUUCACCUCAUGACGUACGACCUAAGAGGUGAUUGGGUGGGUUUUGCAGACGUCCACAGCCACAUGUACCCACGACCUCACGAUUCGCCUUACUACGGCCAGUUUAAUGUCAACGACGGCGUACAGUUGUGGCUGGACUACGGUUGCCCCCGAGAGAAGCUGGUUCUCGGGGUCCCCUUCUAUGGGAGGACCUACACGCUACUGGACCCUGCCAAUAACACCAUGGGCUCAGCCAUCUCCGGACGAGGGCAGCCGGCUCCUUUCACUCGCGCUGAAGGCUUCAUGGCUUAUUUUGAAAUUUGUAGAUAUCUGAUCGACGACCCAGAGUGGAUCCAGGAAUACGAUACCUUCGGUCUUGUGCCUUUCGCCUACAGAGGCGAUCAAUGGGUGGGCUAUGACGACCCUGCGAGCGUCCGACAGAAGAUGGACUUCAUUCGCGCUCAGGGCCUCGGCGGCGCCAUGACGUGGGCCAUCGAUCAGGACGAUUUCAACGGCUGGUGCGGCCUAGGGGUUAAUCCACUGAUGUCGGAACUUUAUCAAGGAAUGAAAGACUACGUGGUGCCUUUCCCUUCCGGAAUAGACAGAAGGCAAAAUGACGUUGGUGUUCCUUCUGUUAGCGGGAAUGCCAGCACCUUUGGUCGUACAUCGGGCUCACCCUUGCGGAACGGGAAUGGACAAGGUGAUCCUUCAACUCGCACGGGAAUCGUGGUCUCUGCUGCGUUCGAUCCUCCAUCCUUCAACCUCCCUGGAGUAAGGACAACCACGGAGGCUGACCUGUUUGUAAGGAACCCGUUUUUCAGAGACCGCGACCUGGGAAUUAACCCCUUCUACACGAGCACUCAAGCCCCGAGUGCCGGUCAGAGCACCACGAUCAGGCUCUCUACACCCGACCCGUUCCCACAGGUCAAAGUUCUCGACGAUAACAUGAUACCCAGCAGUGAUACCCCGGAGAAAACGGCCGAGAUGCCCAAUAGCGAAACCCCGGAGAGAACGGGCGUGACCACCGCACCGAGGACGAGGAACUUCCGAAGGGGAAACAGAAGACAGAACAGAAAUAAGGUUAACAGGAGAGUGGCGCUCAAUGUGACAGGCAAAAACUGAUUUGUGUGGGUAGUAUGGAAGGAGUUCGUAGUAUAAGGUUUAGCUUUAGUUUAAAGUGGUGUAGGUUUAGCUUUUUACGUUUUAAAGGAAGUAGGGUCUAUAUUUCAAGUUAACUAAUUUGUUAUGACUUUUUUAUCAUACAUUGAGAGAACGUGAUUUUGUUCUAGCUAUUACCAUCAACAACUCAACACUUUUCUCUUUAGGAAGCAAUUACAUUUUUAAACAUGACUACAAUAAGUGUAUGUUUGCAUUUAAAUAAGGACUGCAUUUACCACGGACAUUACUAUAUAUGUCCUUUGUAACAGAAGCCUCGAGAUUUUCCCCAUUGAUAAGCAAAUCGAUGCAAACGUUGCUCAGUUCGUCUUCCAGCUAGUGUGUUACGUCCUUUCAUUGGAAAAGGCAGCUAUAUUGUAUGAAUCUUCUAGUAAAUAGUUAAUUUUA